CUUGGAAGGAAUGUGGAGGAGGGAGUGGGUUCUUCGGAACCGACCGCCUUUGGGGAGGAUGGCCAACAGAACUGUUCAUCUCCCUCUGAAUUCUAGAACUUUCCUGCUCAGCUGCAGAAAAGAAGACAAAAGCUUUGUCCUGAAUCUGCCACCCCGCCUCCCGACAGUGUUGAAGAGAGAGAUGGGAUUGUCACAGCUGUGUCCACACUGGAAAAAUGAGAGUUGGCAGCAAGAAGGUCCCUUGCACUGAGUGGCCUUCUUCCUUCCUUCCUUCCUUCCUUCCAUUGUUCCAUUCUGGGACUGGUUCUUAAGUAGACAAGGCUCAGGAUAGCCUUGAACUCCUGAUCCUCCUGCCUCCACUUCCCAAGUGCUGGAUUUCCUCACCAAGUGCAUUAGGUGCUGUGGAUGACAUCCAUGACUUUGUGCACACAAAGCGCACACUUGGCAAGCACUCUAGGACUAAGUUACGACCCCAGCCUCCGUGGGACUCUCUGUAGAGCCUACAGAAGCCGAUCCUAAAGAGGAGUGUCCAGCAAGGUGACCCAGGUAGCCGGCACCGAUUCUGACGGACGGGCCCUGCUUCAGCGCUGCUAGGUGGAAUCCCGGAGUCUCGACAUUCGCCGUCCUUGUAGACCAAGGAGGAGCUGAAACGGCUCCCGAACUCCAUGAAUCUCCACACCCCUCUCGCCCGGUCGCCACGGCUGCUGCUACCGAGCCUGCUGCUGCUGCUGCUGCCGGACCGCGCGAAAGCCCCUUCCAGUGUAUCCGUGCAGGUGCCCACUAAUGUGACUGGCUUCUUGAAUGAGUCUACCGCCUUGUUAUGUAGUCUGAUGUCUACUGAGAAUGUGACAGUCACCCAAGUAACCUGGAUGAAGAACAACCCAGAUGGCUCCCGCUCUACCGUGGCUGUCUUCCACCCCACCAAGGGACCCAACAUCCCAGACUCAGAAAGGAUGACGUUCUUGGCCCCCAACCUGAACGGGCAUCCUUGGAACGCAUCUCUGGCCAUUUCCCACGUGCGAGCCGAAGAUGAAGGCAUCUAUGAAUGUCAAUUUGCCACAUUCCCCACAGGCAGCAAGAGCAACAGUGUACAUCUGCGGGUGCUUGCCCGACCUACAAACAUUGCAGAGGCCCUGACGCCUUCUCCUACCUGGAAGCUGCAGGACUUAGCUAAGUGCACCUCCACUGGCGGUCGCCCUCCACCGCAAAUUAACUGGCUCUCAAACCUAAAUGGAAGCGAACGCCGUGAAACUACGGAGCCAGGGCCCCAGCCUGGCACCUUCACAGUCACCAACUUCUUGUCCUUGAUGCCCUCGAGGCUUGCCGAUGGCAAGAACAUCACCUGCAGAGUGAAACAUGAAAGCUUCCAGGAGCCGGAGCUGCUAACUGUGACCCUCUCUGUGCCCUAUCCGCCUGAAGUGUCCGUCUCUGGCUCUGAGGGAAACUGGUAUGAAGGUCGUACUGACGUGGCCCUGUACUGUGAUGCUCAAAGCAAACCAGAGCCCACUGCCUAUGAAUGGAGCACGACUACAGGUCCUCUGCCCAACAACACUGAGGCCCAGGGCAAUCGGCUCCUAAUCCACAAGGUGAACAAGACCACUAUCAAUAAUGUGACCUUCGUCUGCAAUGUCACCAAUGCCCUAGGAUCUGGGCAGAACCAAAUAACGGUCCAUGUUAAAGAGUCUGUGCCAUCAGUCCUAGGCACGGCCACCAUCAUCGGCAUCGUCGUCGCUGCUGCACUUCUCACACUUAUAGGAUUCUGGUGUUAUUGUGUUCGAUCUCGGCGGUCCAGGUCCGAUUCCAGGUCCAAUUCCAGGCCCUCAGCGGAGGCGUAUUCACCUGUGAACAACAACAUCAACUCUACCAAUGACAUAGAGAUGAACAGCAUGAAUUCCCAUAACUGAAGAACUUAAAGCUUCAACAACUGGAACCACACAGAUAGAUGAAGAAGCCUCCGGAGAGACUGACUGCCCAGUGUGGUGAUUGCCAAACGUUCGGGGGUCUCCCAGGACCCUAGUAAAUUCCACAUUGUCAGAAAGCACUCAUGGAGCCCAGUGUGGUAGCCCACACCGUCAUUCCAGCAGGAGGACAAACACAAGCUUGCGUCUAGCCUGGGCUACAGAGUGAAGCCCGUGUAUACGCAGACAAGCAAACAAACAGGCUUGAGGGCCUGGGAAACUGGAACAAAAGCCGAAGUCUUUCCGUGGGUAAGAUAAAUCCUCUACCUCAUGUUGGACCGUGAAGAAUGUUCAAGGAGCUGAAAGACUUUGGCCACUGAAAUUCAACUUGAGAAUCUCUUUAAUAACUGAGUAAUUCAGGGCUCUCCACUCUCUUGCCAAGGUCUCACUAUGUAGCCAAGGCUAGGCUCAAACUCACAGAGAUCCGUCUGCCUCUACCUCCCAAAUGCUGGGGUUAAAGGUGUGAGCCAUAAUACCCUUCUCAGUCUCCCUUUUGAUAAAGUGAAGUAAAGAAGAUAUAUUUAUUUUUAAAAGCUGUAUCAUUUUGUAUGUAUUUUUGAGACAGUUUUAUAUAGCCCAGGCUAGCCUCAAGCUUACUAUGUAAGCAAGAAUGAUCUUACUAAUUUAUUCUAACUUAUUUGUUUUCAAGCAUAAACAUCCCCCACCCCCGUCCCCUCCCCUCUCCUCUCAAUCCGUUAGUCUCCUUAAUUCUCCCAGGACAUCAUUCUGAUUUAUGUUUUAACUGCAGACGUUGUUUUAUUUAACUAUAUAAAAAUCUGUGAACCACAAAUGAAAGAAAAUGUAUUUGUCUUUCUGAGGCUAACUCAAUUUAUUUAAUAUGAUUCUUUCCGCUUGUAUCCAUUUUCCUGCGAAUGAUGGAACCUUGUUUUUCCUUGUGGCUGAAAAAUCCCCAAUGUGUGUGUACCACCUUUUCUUUACCCAUUCCUCUGUGGGUGCACACCAAGGACGGUUCCGUAUCUGAGUUAUUGUGCCCAGCCUGCAGUAAACACCAGCAUGCAAGUGUCUCUGUGAUCUGUCAACCUGGAAUUUUGCAGACAAAUCCCCGGGAAUGGCAUAGCUGAGUCAUGUGGGCUGUGGAUUCCAGCUUUGGAGGAAAUUGUGUGCUGACUCCCACCCGUGUGGGGACGAGUCUGCAUCUGCACAGUGAUGUGUAAAGGUUCCAUUUGUCUG